ACUCCCUCCCUGCCCUUCUUGUUUUGCACUCCCGAACUAGCGCUGAAGCAGUGCGCUCAGCAGCGGAUCUCGGCUCGUAUUAAUGUAGGUGCGACAGUUACGGUUUGGCAUACAGCUGCCGCUUAUUCGCAGGAGAGGGGAUAUUGAAAGGGACCGCACGGAAAAGGGCUGAAGAUACAAAGUAGCUCUGCGUCGUCAGAGGCUAUUUGACUCACUUUUGCACCGCUACGAGCGUAGAAAUAUAAGUUGCAUAGAAAAAUGGCAACCCAGUCGGCUCAGAUAUCGUCAUCUCAGGGGCUUGUCGACGGCUCCUCCGGUCCAAACUCGGCCAAAGACUCCAAGUGCUCGGAUUCCUUUCUUUCUUCUUCGCCUGUAUCUCUCAUUCAGUCUCCUCAAGGUGAAAGGGUCCAUCAGGGACCUGGUGAACCUACAGACAUGAUACCAACCUCCCUUCACUUUCGCUCUCAACCUAAUUCCUUUACUCCAGUUGCACUCGGCAGCCAGUCACUGGGAAAUGCAGGUGAAGGUAUUGGCCACUGUACAAAGGACAAGCAGAAAAAUAUGGAGAUCCGUGGGAUAGAUUCUCCUUUCACUGGAGCUGCUCCAAUUUCUUCUGUGCAAGGCCCCUCUACUGGAACAAAAACCGGUACUGGGCCACUGUGGGAUGACACAUCUCCUAUUAAGACUUCUCCUGUAUCUGAAAGAAUCAAAGCAUUGGAAGCUCUUGCAGCAAAGAAGGGUGAAACUGACACCUGGAGCGAUGGAGGAUUCCUUCACUUUAAGGAGCGCCACUAUGAGAAGUCUCCGACCGAGUUGUCCUCUCUGUUCCCAAAGAAGGACACAUCCCCAGACCAGUGCUCCCCAGAAUCACCUUUUGAGGUUUUGGGGGACACACAGCGGGGAAACGAUUUUGAAGACACGGCAGACUGGAUGCGAGCUCACUUGCCCCCCGCACCCGACUUUGAUACUGUCCCAGAGCUCGAAAUCAAGGCGGCUACAGACUUUCUGGUAUCCAAGUGUCUUCACGAGUUUGAGGAGACUCAGGCAGAAACCACAGUAGUGGCAAGUGUUCCUGAUGAAUUCAUGGAUGUUCCGAGAGAAACAUUUCAACAGAUGGAACAAACCAGUGAAUCAACUAAGCAGAGUAGUGUGGAAGAAGAAUCUGAAUUUGACAUGAGCUUUUUACCCACUGCCUACAUAUGGGACAAGCAAGAAAAAAUAGAUGAUGAGAUAAGGGGACUUCCAGCACUUGAUGAAUCAAAGCUCCCUCCUUCCCCUCCCCCUCCUGCUGGUUUUGGAUCCCCUACGCCCCCUCCCUCUCCGCCUGCCUUGCAACUUGAUGCUUUGCCGGUGAAACCUGCUCCCUGGAGUUCUGACAUGGAUCCUGUCGAGAUUGUAGAUUUGGACAGCUCAGGAGAGUCAGAUGAUACUGUGAUUGGAGAGGCGGUGUCUGUUAAAGCUCCUGUAUGUAGUAGUCCUGUGUCUGACCUUGAGGACCCCAUCACUGUUGCUCCCUCGGCAGCUUGUGGGGAGAAGGAAAGUCUGCCGGCUAAGCAAGAGAAGCAAGCAGUUUUGGUGCCUAUUAUAAAUGUAAUUGAAACUGAUGAACCGGCUCUAAGUGAUGAAGAGGAGGCAGAAGAGGAGGGUUUUCAGGUUGUCAAAGAUAUAGAUAAAGAACAGCCCAAACCACCUAGUUCAAAUUUUGAAGAGGAGAAAUCGGAACUACAUGAAGAUUCUGUUGCACAGAAUCUGCAUCAACAGAAUGCCUCAGAGGAUGAGUCUCCUCCAUCAAAGACCAUUUUAGAUACUGACGCUUCACCCCUUGAUUCUCUUGCUGAGAUUUCACUUCAAGAUCAAAGUAAUAAACCUGACACUCAAACAGAAAAUGCAUCUUCUGAAAAUGUGCUUUCAAAGGAAAUUGCCGGACGUUCUGUAGUUUCAGAACAAAUGGAAUAUUCAAACGUAACCCAAGUUCAGUUUUUCACACAAGAGAAUGCAAAGACUGGAAAUGAACCGGCUCUCUCCACAGUGCAGUCUUCAGACCAACUUCUAGAAAAGUCAUCGGAGUUGCAAUUUGCCAUCUUUGAUCCAGCAAAACAAAUCCCACCUGGUGACUUAGCAAAUAGUGUUGCUGAGAAUCCUUCCAUUACCUUGCCCUCCUCUCCAGAAAAUAUUACCCCUCAUACUGUGCUGGAAGAUGAACCAAGUAAAGAUGUGUCAAGUAAAACUUCAACAGCUCAACUUAUUCAACAGGAUGUGAAUAGCACUGAGCAUGUUCCACAAUGUGACACAAAGCUUGAAGCUGAGAUCUGUCCUCCUGGCAUUAAAAGCAUGUCCAUGGACAUAGAGUUAAGCUCAGACAUUGGUUUUAAUGUUCUUUCCUCUGAUUCUCCUGUACAGAAUUGGGCUGAGUGUGUGCCAUUGAGUGCGUCUUCUGGUGUAGUUUGUAACACUACCGAAACUGAGACAGAUUUUGCAGAUGAUCUCAAAGUAGUUGCCAAAGACUUCCUUCCAAAUCUUGUAGGAGGAAAGCCUUCACCUCAAGCCAUUACCCCAGAUUCACUUUCAGGCUUGCAGAACACUCCCCAGAAUGUUCAUUGGGAAAUGUCGACUGAACUUCAGCCAGACCAAGACACGGUUUCAGAAAUUAGUUCCCGUAACCUGGGGAAGGUUGAGGUCCCAGCAAGCCUGAGUAGUGAGGAUGUCUUGACCUCACGUGAGUCUGGAUUGUUGCCAAAAUCUGUUGUGGAUCAAUGGCAAGACAAUCAACCGGAAAUUUCUCAACCAAAACAAACUUCCCCAGAGACCAUGAGUGACCCUGAAAGCCCUGAGCUAGAGUCCUCAAUUUCUGAUGCAACUGACAGCUUUGUAGAGUUCAUGAGAGAGUGUCUGAAAUCACGACAGGAUGGGGAACCUAUUGAUGUCGGCAGCUGUCGCAUGGGUACUGAGGAGUUUCCUAAAACUGAUGCACAGUCCUUUCAUUCCCCACCUGCUAUGGUUUUGGAUCUGGAACAAGAGCGUCUUACUAUAUGUGCCCUGAAAGAGCUGGGCAGCAGUCAAGAAGAGGAUGAAGACCUGCCCAUUGAGAAGAGCUCCCAAGAAACACCCAAGGAAGGAACCGCUGCCCUACUAACAUCCCAACUACAAACGAUGGGCACUGCUCCCCGUCCGGCUCCCACUAGUGAGCCUCUUGUCCGAGAGUCUACAAUCGAAGAGGUAGACAGGAUCGACGCAUGGGUGACUGAUGCUUACCAUCUUGCAGAGCAUGCUUUGACAGCAAUACUAACCCACCUGUCAGUACGAGACCUGGUGUAUUGGCGAGACCCCAAAAAGACGGGUGUGGUGUUCAGCGUCUCCCUGCUGCUGCUGCUCUCCCUGGCCGCGUUCAGCAUCAUCAGCGUGGUCUCAUACAUCCUGCUGGCCUUGCUCUGUGUAACCAUCAGCUUCCGUAUCUAUAAAUCCGUCAUCCAGGCUGUGCAGAAGUCCAAUGAGGGCCAUCCAUUCAAGGCCUUAAUGGAAAAAGACGUCAGCGUGCCCCCAGAGACCUUCCGCAACUACGUGGACACCAGCCUGUCCUACAUCAACCAGGGUCUCAAGCACGCCAGCCGUCUCUUCCUGGUGGAGGAUUUGGUGGACUCCAUCAAGCUGGCGGUGCUGAUGUGGCUGCUGACCUACAUCGGCGCAGUGUUCAAUGGCAUCACUGUACUCAUCCUGGCUGAUAUUCUUCUCUUCACCUUGCCCUUGUUGUAUGAAAAGAACAAGACUCAGAUUGAUAACUAUGUGGGAAUUGCACGCAAUCAGAUCAACACCCUGAUCUCUACGUUGCAAAAGAAGCUACCAGGAGCGAAACCUAAAUCUGAAUGAUCACCCCUGCGCCUCCCCUCCCCCCCCCCCAGUCCCCUAGCUGGUUCAUUUCCCCAGCCCCACCCUAUCCUCCAAACUCCUGCACCAGUCUCUCAGUCUGCAUUGAACCAGCUAAUAAGAAGCUUAUGUUAAAGUUAGUAUUUGUCCGUCGUGCCUGAGCUAUAUGAGCAUCGUGGACAGACUGCCGGAGCCGGCGUCAGCCCUGCACUUUGUCCUGAGGGUGGUGAAAAUGCCGGCAGCUAAACUGGAUGCUGGUGCAAAGAACAAGGCAGGGUUCGUGAACUAGACUGAAUCUAUGACCUGGUUUUGCAGUGACUGGGGGAAUGGUGGGGAUUGAACUACAUUUUGCGCUUACUUGCGGAGUAGUAUGACAUGAUAGGAAAGUGGUGUGCUUAGUAUGUAGUUGCGAUAUAGGUCUGGUUUCCCCCUGUCCGUAGGUUGUGAGGGAUAUCUUCAGCAGACUUUGUUGGAGCAUAAAACAUUUUUUUUGGUCACAAUCAUAAAUUUAGAGACUGCUUUAGGUUUUUUUUUCUUUUUUUCUCAGUUUGGUCUUUUCAGCCUGUCUGUCCUUUUUGCCCUGAUUUAACUUGUUUAUCUGUAUUGACCUGCAAUGCACUGAAUAUAUUGCAAAAUGAACAAAUAUCUUAAAAGAAGGAACCAGCUGUGACGUAUUUGGUCUAGUUCUUUCUUUUUUAGUAUGUUUAUGUACAUAGGACUGUAAUAGGCUUUCUGAUAAGGAACAUGAAGAUAAAUCAUUUUUGGAGAGAUUCUUUCUCAUGAUGCCAUCUGUCACAGGCCCCCUCUAGCAUUAUUAUUAUUGUUAUUUUAUUACUAUUACUACUAUAACUACUAGUAGUAAAGUAGUAGCUGCUUCUUGUGCUUCGGCUGUGGCCAUUCGUUGACUACAUGAAAGCUCCCUGGCAGACGCACCUUCCUUCCUGAUGGUGUAAGUGGCCCAACAGAAACACGCCUGUGUAGAACAUCAUCAAAGUGACGUCGCUGCAUCCAACACGGCAAACUGUCCACAUCUUGCACUCUGACUGCCGUGAAGUACACAGAGCACGUUUAUCUCCAGACCGUUAUGGAUGUAUCGGUGCUCACUUGCAUAUAUCUAAGCAUCGUCCAGUUUCAUCUCCUGCCUGAAAGGCUGUCAGUGUGUGUUGGGAGAGCUUUGCUAACCCCCGGAGCCUCUGAGCUGUAUAUAUGUCACUAGCCUGUUCGCACGCGGCCUGAGAACGCUACUGAGAAGGAUCUGUUCAUGCUUUGUUCCUUUCAUAAGCAUAAUUUAACUUUGCGUGUGACUUUUCCCUUAAAGCCCACCCUGUUCACACAUCUUGCCUACAGGAAUUCAUAGGUGUUCUUAAUUAUAUAAGCUUUGAUCUGCUGUGUAGGUUUUUCUUUGUUGUCUUUAGAAUCUUUUCUUAAGGCUAAGGAAGCUAAAUUUUAAGAUGCCUAUAUAUAUGUACACAACACCCUACUCCAAAUUAAGAAUUAUUUUCAGCCAUUGUUACUGCCGUGUUUCUCUUAAGGAGUUUGGAUGGGAGAAAAUAAAUCUUUUUACCUGCUGUCCCACCCCUGUAGCAUGCUGCUUUUACUCUUCAUAUCUUUCGGGUGAAGCACUUCCCUGUUGCGGCCGGUCUAGCUUCAGGUUCUUAUUUGGGUAAUUUGUGUUUACUUAUAUUCAAGUUAUUAGGUAUAUAGCUCAUUAUUGGGAGCUACGGGAAGGCUGGUCAACAUGAGCAGAGCAAUUGUUCUAUACUGGUGUCAAAGUGCUAUUAAUAAAAUAGUUAUAAAAACA